AUGAGGUGUUUUACUCUCGUUCCAGACGUAAAGCCCUUCGAAUGCUCGAUGUGCGACUACGCGUGCCGUGACAGUUCCACGCUGAGGAAGCACCAGGAUAGGCACUUGGGCAAGAAGAAAAUGUACCCGUGCAAAUAUUGCAGCAGGCAGUGUAAAUCGAAGAAGUCCCUCAAACUGCACACGGAGGAGAGGCACUUCGGCGUGGACGUGAACAGGAUACCGUGCGACAUCUGCGGCAAGAUGUUUAAGAGCACCACCCACUUGACGAACCACGUGAACAGGGUGCACGCGCGCCGCUACUCGUGCAAGUGCGAGAUAUGCGGCGCCGCCAUCAGCGCGAAGGGCAACCUGCUCGCACACAUGCGCACACAUACGGACAUAACGCCGUACAAGUGUGCGCACCCCAGUUGCGGCAAGCUGUUCAAGCGGAUGGACUAUCUGAAGAAGCACAGCAUCCUUCACCGCCCCGAGCGUCACUACGCCUGCGACAUCUGCGGCCACCUCUUCUCGCGGAAGACUCGGCUCAACAGCCACCUGGCCCAGCACCAGCCCAAGGUCAAGUCGGCCCAGUGCGACCUCUGUGGGGUCCGCUUCUACAACGCCAACUACGUGGCGGCGCACAUGCUCCGCAAGCACAGCGGCCGCCGUUACGAGUGCGACGAGUGCGGUUUCCGCACGCCGAACAAGCCGAGCCUCGUGAUGCACAUCAAGCACGGCCACGAAACGGAGAACGGGAAAGUAUGCCAGAUAUGCCGUAGGGGUUUCAAGAACAACCUGCAUCUCAGACAACACUACUGGAACGCGCAUUGCGUCCAAUACAAGAAGGUCAGACGGCGAAGGCGCAAGAAGGAGAUAGAGGAGACCGUCAUAAAACAGGAGAUGGACACUAUACCAGAAAUAGAUCUGCUAGAAGUUCACAAAGAGGAGAUAAUGUCUGACGUGGAAGCAGAUUCUCAGAGCGGCGCAGAAGUGGAGUACACGAAACGGGAGUUCCGUGAUGAUGAGAGGAUGCUGGAAGCCGGUGACGGUGAAGAUGAGGAGCGUCCAGAGAUCUCCACCGAAGUGGUGGUGGAGAAGCUCGAGGAAGUCAGCGGCAAAGUCGAGGAAGCGACGGAAGCCCAGCUCCUGGUGGAAGUAGACACCGGACUGGAGGAGAACGCGAAGAGAGAGCUGGAGACGCUCCUGUCUAAGGCGAGAAGAGAGAAGAAGUUGGCGGAGUUGGAGGAGACCAGGAGGGAUUACAACGAGAGGAUAAGACGGGCUAUCGGCGAACAACCGAAGACAGACCGGAUCACGAAUAACGAUGAAGACAAAUCAUUGAACGAUAAUGACGCGGCCAGUGAGAAAGAGACGGAUGGAAACGACAACGAAAUCGACAAAGCGGCGGAUAGGAAGGGUGGGAAGUUGAAAAUCAACACUCACCAAUGCUACGUCUGUUUCAAGCUGUUCCCAACGAAGCUCGCCCUGACGGAGCACUGCCAGCACCACUUCGACGUUUGCGGCGGCGUGAUGCUGAAGAAGUGCCCGAUGUGCGAUUACGCCACCAACCUGGACCUGAGGAGGCACAUGAGGCUGGUCCACGGCGUCCACGUGCGGCUGAAGCACCCGAGGAUCAAACAGACGAAGGAGAACGGCUCCAAGUUCUACUACGACCUCGGCAACCUUGGCGAUGUGGAGGUCAUACCCAGCGCGCGGAACCUUAACAGGCGCGAGUGCGCGAAGAUCGACCAGCGGAGCAGGCGCGAGAGGGAGAUGACGGUGGCCAAGAAGAAGCUGGUCAAGAGGGGGUCCGAGUGGGUGGUGGAAACGGAAAGGCUCUCCGUCGAGGAGUUCCUCCUGCCCGAGCUGGCGGCGCAGGGCGACACCGGCCCGGAAGUCGGCGACGACUACUUGGCCAGGCUGAAGCGACUCAGCCGGCUGGCGAAAGCCCACGGCGCCAAGAUGCUGUUCCCGUGCGACGGCUGCCCGAAGAUAUGCCAGACCCUCAGCGCCCUCAAGCUGCACACGCGCCGCCACGACCCGAACAAGAAGCCGUACAAGCCGAAGAUAUGGAAGCACAAGACGAAAACGCAGAAUGACAGCGGGAGAACGGGGAACGGAGCAGGCGACGACGCCGAGGGAAGAGUAGGAGAAGGAAAAUCGCGGCCGACGUCCUGCAAACAAGCAAAGGCAGCGCUAACGGACAAAAGAGAGACGGUAGCAGAGGCUGGGGAAGACGCCGAGGGUGGUUUUGGUGGGGCGGCGCAAAGCGCUCAGCAGUCAGCGGGGGACACGGGGGGAAGUGCUCGUUCUGAAGAGGCGGUGGGAGGGGGCGGGGCCUCCGCCAACCGGCACGCCGAGCCGCGCCCGAUAGUGAACCGCCACAGAUGCGACCCCGCCCUGAGGGAGUUCUACGCGCGGAACGUCAGGGGCGGCGACGUGGAGUUCCACCAGUUCCUGAAGAUCUACAACCGGAUAUCGCGCGAGGGGGGGCCGCCAGAGGACGCCGCCUGUUCCCCCCCCAUAGAGGGGCCUCCGCGGCGGGGGAAGCCCCGGCCGGUGGGAGUGCGCAAAGCCGCGCCGAACCCUCACACCAGGGUCGUGAGAGUCACCAGGAGGGAGCAUUUGGCGCGGCUGGAGGCGAGGAGCAGACUGAGGCGCGAGCUCGAAGCCAGGUCGUCGGGAGCUCGCGCG